UGCAAAUUGGAAGGCCAACAAAACCACAUCUCAGUUUCUCACAACCUACUUUCUAUCAAUACACACAAAAUCAAACAAUGUCGAAGAAGCCUGAUUCAAAGCCUGCGUAUGGUUACUGUGGCUACCUAGAAGUGAUGCCUUUGAGCAAGGGAUCAUCUUCUUCACAGCUCAACGAGUCUGCAGAACUUCAGAUCAAAGAUCGAUAUUCGUGUAAGGAUGCAUAUGGUGGAGGAGGUUCAAGCAGCUUUACUGGGAGCUACAAGGCUGGGGAGUUUGUGGACAAGAGCACUGGUGGCUUGGGCUACAAGCAGGAGGCAAACUACACCUCCACUGACAAGUAUGUGGACAAGGAGCUAGGGUUUACCACUGAGUACCAGACCCAGGUGAAGUUCAAGAAGUCUGUUUACCCUAACAAGACCCAAGUGAAGUUCAAGAAGUCUGCUUCUCCUUGUAAGAGUGGAACCAAGUCCUACAACAAUCGCGUUGACUAUUAUUAAUUAUGUUUAGAUGUUCACUGUGAUUUCUUGGUAUUUUGAAAUUGUAAUGAACUUAGUUAUGUGUCUGUCCAAGCUUGUUUAUGUUUACUUGGAUGAAUCUCCUGCCAUCCGCUGUCAAUGUGAAUGAAGUAGCUCUCUCUUUCUUAUGUAAUGAACUUGUUAGUAUGUCUAGCUUGUUUAUUUAUAUAUAAACGUGUGUUUCUGUGU